CCCGCGCCGCCCGCCCCGCAUCUCCCCCUCCCCCGUCUCUCGCGAGGCUGGCGGGGCGGGGCGGGGCGGCGCGGGCAGGUCUGCAGUGUCGCUGCCGCGGCCGGGCGCAGACGCCGCUGCGCCGCCGCCGGAGCCCACGCCGCGGGCUCGGGCCAGAUCUCCAGAGGUAAGGGAAGAGAAGGUGCCAUCGUCCUGGAGUUCAGUGCCUCAGCCCCCCAUCUGGCUCCCCUGUCCUGUCUGGGACCCCCCACCCUCCCUCAUGCACCCUACUGAACUGGGUGUAGACUAGCGCUCCGCUCCCUUCCUCCUCCUGGACGCUCACUGGCCACUGUCUGUCCUCUCCCAUUCCAAGGACAUGUGCACUCGUUUCCUCUAACUUGGGGACAGGGUUCUUUCUGAGUCUGAGCUGAAUCGGGAGCAGGGAGAAAGGGUCAGUGCUUUGGAGGCCCCCUGAGCCCCAUCAUGGAAGAGGGCUCCCGAGAUCGGGCGGCGUUCAUCCGGGGCGCCAAGGACAUCGCCAAGGAAGUGAAGAAGCACGCAGUCAAGAAGGUGGGGAAGGGCCUGGACCGGGUCCAGGACGAAUAUUCCCGCAGAUCCUACUCCCGCUUCCAGGAGGAGGAUGAUGAUGAUGAUUUCCCAGCCCCCUCUGAUGGCUACUACCGUGGGGAAGGGGCCCAGGACGAGGAGGAAGGGGGUGCUUCCAGCGAUGCCACUGAGGGCCACGAUGAGGAUGAUGAGAUCUACGAGGGGGAGUACCAGGGCAUCCCCCGCGCAGAAUCUGGGGGCAAAGGCGAGCAAAUGGCAGACGGGGCCCCUCUGGCUGGCAUGAGGGGGGGCCUAGGUGAUGGGGCGGGUCCCCCUGGAGGCCGAGGAGAAGCACAGCGGCGGAAGGAACGAGAAGAGCUGGCCCAGCAGUAUGAGACCAUCCUGCGCGAGUGUGGCCACGGUCGCUUCCAGUGGACACUCUACUUUGUGCUGGGGCUGGCGCUCAUGGCCGACGGUGUUGAGGUCUUCGUGGUGGGGUUUGUGCUCCCCAGUGCUGAGAAGGACAUGUGCCUGUCGGACUCCAACAAAGGCAUGCUGGGACUCAUCGUCUACCUGGGCAUGAUGGUGGGCGCCUUCUUCUGGGGCGGCCUGGCCGACCGGCUGGGCCGGAGACAGUGUCUGCUCAUCUCGCUCUCGGUCAACAGUGUCUUUGCCUUUUUCUCAUCUUUUGUCCAGGGUUAUGGCACUUUCCUCUUUUGCCGCCUCCUUUCUGGGGUUGGGAUCGGCGGCUCCAUCCCCAUUGUCUUCUCCUAUUUCUCCGAGUUUCUGGCCCAGGAGAAGCGUGGGGAGCACUUGAGCUGGCUCUGCAUGUUCUGGAUGAUUGGUGGGGUGUAUGCAGCUGCCAUGGCCUGGGCCAUCAUUCCCCACUACGGCUGGAGCUUUCAGAUGGGGUCCGCCUACCAGUUCCACAGCUGGAGGGUCUUUGUCCUCGUCUGCGCCUUCCCCUCUGUCUUUGCCAUCGGGGCUCUGACCACACAGCCCGAGAGUCCCCGCUUCUUCCUGGAGAAUGGGAAGCACGAUGAGGCCUGGAUGGUGCUGAAGCAGGUCCAUGACACCAACAUGCGUGCCAAGGGGCACCCCGAGCGCGUCUUCUCGGUCACCCACAUUAAGACGAUUCACCAGGAGGAUGAGUUGAUUGAGAUCCAGUCGGACACGGGGACCUGGUACCAGCGCUGGGGUGUCCGGGCCUUGAGCUUGGGGGGCCAGGUCUGGGGGAAUUUUCUCUCCUGCUUUGGACCUGAGUAUCGGCGCAUAACACUGAUGAUGAUGGGCGUGUGGUUUACCAUGUCCUUCAGCUACUACGGCCUGACUGUCUGGUUCCCUGACAUGAUCCGCCACCUCCAGGCUGUGGACUAUGCAGCCCGCACCAAAGUGUUCCCUGGAGAACGCGUAGAGCACGUGACAUUCAACUUUACUCUGGAGAAUCAGAUCCACCGCGGAGGCCAGUACUUCAACGACAAGUUCAUCGGGCUGCGUCUGAAGUCCGUCAUCUUUGAGGACUCCUUCUUUGAAGAGUGUUAUUUCGAGGAUGUCACGUCCACCAACACAUUUUUCCGGAACUGCACUUUCGUCAAUACCGUGUUUUACAACACUGACCUGUUUGAGUACAAGUUCGUGAAGAGCCGGCUGUUGAACAGCACCUUCCUGCACAGCAAGGAGGGCUGCCAGCUUGAUGUGACCGGGACAGGCGAGGGUGCCUACAUGGUCUACUUUGUCAGCUUCCUGGGCACGCUGGCUGUGCUCCCAGGAAAUAUCGUGUCUGCCCUGCUCAUGGACAAGAUCGGCAGGCUCCGGAUGCUUGCUGGCUCCAGCGUCAUGUCCUGCGUCUCCUGCUUCUUCCUGUCUUUCGGGAACAGUGAAUCGGCCAUGAUUGCUUUGCUCUGCCUCUUUGGGGGGGUCAGCAUCGCCUCCUGGAAUGCGCUGGACGUGUUGACUGUUGAACUCUACCCCUCGG